AUUUCGGAGAAAAAAGUAACAAAUUGAUGGGUUAUACCCUAUAUUCACAUCGAGUCGCUUCAGUUUCAGUUUGGAAAAUAUAGGAGGUUGGGUGGCUUAUGUGGCAACUUGGAUAUCCCACUUGAUCUAGUUUGCUUUUUGGCUCAUCGACAGAUAGAGCAGCCGAUGAAGUUAAGAGAUUUGGGAAGUAAUUUACAUACAGGAGGAACAACACUGGCACUCAAACUGUAUCCUAAGACACCUCGCUAAGCAUAAUUUCACAAUUAUUUAUCUUGGAGUUAAAUUGUACUCUUUGUUGGCAUCCUUAUAGAAAAUCCCUGAUCCACACAACAUAGUUUUAACCUACUAUAUACCCUAUUAUACUUCACGUAUUGCAAAUUUUAGUUUUGAGAAUUUGUGUCUUUGGAUGCGUUUUCAGCAUAAUUCUCUAUCAUCUGUACUGAUUAAUUGCAGUGAACCCAGAGUUUAUACGAUCAAGUUAUGUCGAGACCUAUCUCUGUAGUAAUAGUUGAGAGACACAAUGAAGCUUUAAAUUACAUAUAUCGUGCUAUUGGAAGCAAAACAAUUCCUUUCUCUGGAUUAAAGCUACUACAUUUCGACUCUCAUCCUGAUAUGGGUGUUCCGGAUAUCGACUGUUCAGAAAUUUUGAGAGAUCCUGAACAACUUAUGAAGAAAGUAAGCAUAGAAAGCUGGAUAACACCAAUGAUAUAUGCUGGACAUGUUGAUCAUGUCAUCUGGAUGCACCCAACAUGGUCUCGACAGCUUUUGAACAGAAAGCCAACAUAUUAUUCUAUCGGUGAAGACCUGUGCUCGAAGAGAUUAGUGGUUGGUAUUCCGGAAUCAUAUUUCUACAAUGAUGGUGUAUUUUGUAUGGAGGAGGAUAUUAGUUCUCCUGUCAAAUUUGGGCUUACAGUUGCACCUAUUCAUGAAACAAAUACAUUAUGUAGAGUAUGUACAGAUAUUAUCUGUGUACUGCUUAAUCAGUCUUUCAUUUUGGAUAUUGAUUUGGAUACAUUUUCCACUCAAAAUCCACUUUCUAAUAAGUUCACCGAAGAACAAUUUGAAAUUAUUGAUCGUUUGUAUGCUCCACCUCCACCGCUUACUUUGUGUUUAUCUCCGAAAGAUCUGGAAGAUCCAGCUGUGAUUGUAGCUCAUGGUAUGAGCAGUGCUCAUGUUUUGAAUGCUGCACGAAAACGCCAAUUAACACGUCUUUCACAAUGGAUUUCUUGUUGGGAUCGUGGAUUAAUUCCAUCAUCUGAAAAUUUUCUAUUAUUUCCUUAUGAAUUGGCAGAGUUUUCUCGGUUAAUACUUUCUCUUACCGAACAGAAAUUUAAUUCUACAGUAUUAAAAGCGGUUAAAAAUACUUUAGAUCUGGCUUAUAAACAAAUUACUCAAAACAAAAAUCCUCCAUUAAUUUCACUCGGUUCUGAUGAUGAAGCUAUUCAAGCUGCUUUAAGAGAUUUAACUAAAGAUUCCAAUUCCAACAUAACUAACAACUUAAUGGUGGAUCAGAAUACUUCAGAAAAUAAAGAUUCUUCAAUUGUAUCCGAUUACACUAGCCUUAUACCAAUGAAACGUCGUUCCAGUAGUCCAGGCAUUGUUUAUACAGAUUCAAAAUUUAAACUACGUUCAUCUGAACCGUUUAUAAGAACGCUGAAUGAUGAUACGAAUCAUGUUGAAAUUAAUGAACAUUGUCCAUUGUCAAACACUGAAUAUUCUAUGGAAGUAGAAGAUGCAGAUUCGUGUAAUCAAAAUGGUUUAGAUGAAAAUCGUAGUUUAAAAGUAGUUUUAACUAAAUUAGAAACAAAUCCAAGUACAUCUUGCAUAAUUGAUGAUUACAAUGACAGUGAUGAUAUUUUAAAUGUUCAACAAUCUGAUGAUGGUGGUGUUGUUGUCAAUAAACAUAAUGAAGAAAAUUUAAAUUUUAUGCAUUAUUUAUGGUCUGGAUGUGCAGAUCAAAAAAACAAUGCAUUGCCACAUUCUAUAACCAAUACUAAAGAACAAAGUGAACUAUUUGAACAAAUGGAAGGUUUGUUAAAUCGUUUACACAAUCCUUGUAUCAUAACAAUUGCUAGAUCUGUAUAUGAUGGUUAUACUCCUAGUGAUCAAGUAUCUGAUAUUCAGCUUGGUUUAUUACAAAUGCUUGAUCGUGUUUAUGGGCGUAAUUUACUUUCAGUCACUUUAGAUUAUGAAAAUGCUGAGAAUAACAUAGAUACACUGAAAGCAAUGGGAUUUCAUAUUGUUACUCCUGAAGAAUUCCAAAUGGGUGGUCGUCGUAUAUCUCCGAUGUCGCGCCUCGCAAGAUCUGACGGUACCGGUGUUGCUUAUCGUACUGAACCCGGUCGAAAAGAAAUAGUUUAAUUUCACUUUUCAGCCUAAGCUAUUUUCUAACUGUUCCAUGAACAUUUGUAAAACCUGAUAGUUAAACCGUUUUCUUGCUUUUACACUAACUUUCUGGGAUUUGUCUUAGUUAAACCAUUCGAUAAACAAAUUCACCUUUUUUAUGUUUUCGAGCUUCCUUUCCAAUAUUUCUGUUUAUGUAUGUCAUUAGUAG